UCUCAAUAAUCCGCAAGUUAUGAAGACGAUCCUACUUCUCCUGGCUCUUUUCCUCUUUCUGGCCCCAGUGAGAGGUGACCUUGAUGCAGACAAGAUAUGUGGCUAUGGGACUGCUCGCUGCCGGAGGAAUUGUAAGAGACAGGAAUUCAAAAUCGGAGUCUGCCCCAACACUAACCCAUGCUGUUUGAAAGGACGGAUGGCACCUCAUUGAAUCCUGUGAAAUACCCAAGCCCACUGGGGCCUGGUUCCUAGACGCACUGACGGCCAGUCCUCAGAGCCUCCCCUUUAUGAGAGCUGACAGCCAGAAAGUCCAGGUGCAGCCCCUGAGCUGGAUAUUAAAGGAGGGUUUGCUGAGAGGCAGAGCGAGUGUGGCAGAGUUGGGGCAGCAGACAGCAGGGCCUUGGCCUCAGGGCCCCUACCGCCCUUCUCUCUGUGAAAGGAAGUGUAGCAAUGCAGGUUAACUGAGUCUCAGCACGGUAAGCCUAACUAACAUAUAUCUGAUCAGCCACAGCCUCAGUGUACAUCAUGUGUUUUG